GUAACUUGGCAACUAGGCUGGUCGUACAAGGCUAGACGAAGAACAGAUAACCUCAAACAGAUAAAUUACGAAGAUCUCGCUGAAUAGUACAAAAUAAUGUCAAUUUAAAAGUUAACAAAAGUUCACGUUUGUAAUAUUGUUUUUUCGCUAUUGUCGAGUGAUUGUUAUACUUAAAUAUACGUGGGUAUUUUAAAAUGUGUACAACGACUUUAUUGAAGGUUGAUGACCGAAGAUUAUUAAAGAUCAAUAGGGGUCAAUUACCAAUGAAGAUAUUUGACUGUAACCAGAUCUGUAAGCGUAUAAGAUGUGACCUUGAAUGUCGAUGGACACUUCACAGUGAUCCGAUAAAGACAAUGCUCGUUGUUCAUGUCGCCAAAUCUGGCACAACAGAAAAUUUUUCAGCAUACAAACGCACAGCUUAUCUUAUACAAUGGAUGUAGAACGUAUUCGGACACCCAUCAAUUUCCCAAAAAAUUUUCGUGUUAUAUCGUCUUAUAUUCUGUAAGUACUACCGCAGAAUAAUAAUACUGACGUUACAUUCCAAGGCACGUGUUUUAGUUUGUAAUUGAUCUUUGAGGACCUCGAAUACUUACAGGUCAUUGCAUACAGCUUGAAACAUGCUGAUAGAAAAUAUACAAACAAAAUUAUUCCAUUUAAAAAAAUAUAUCGAUUUACGUAUCUCUUUUACAUUUUCAUUUAUCAAAAAAGCUACUGGUAAACAAACUCGAUUUGUUUUAAAUGCUUUACCCUGUAUAUGUGGGACCAAUACUAAAUAUAAUGCAGUGAGUGAGGAGGGGGGGAGAGAUCACAUAAGAGGCUUUUACCCGUGGGCAGGACGGAAUUAAAGCAAAUGAAAGUACGAGCGCAACGAAUUAUACCACCUCGCUCGAACGGAAAUCUUCCUACAUACAGAAGUGGUAAACGUCAGAAAAGGUAGCCGCGUGACGGCGCCACGAGAGCGUCGCGACGCAACGCGAACUAUGGUCGUCAGGCGGCGCCGGCCGUUUGUCACGAAACGUGGCGGGGUUGCAGGAGAAGCUCGGCAUGAAAGAAGGAAAAGGAAAGAGUCAGCGAAUUCACGCAACGUGAACUCGAGCAAAAGAGAAAGAACCGAGAAGAGUCACGAACAGAACUGAGCAAACACACAGCGAAACUAGCGCCUCAGUUUACGUUUCUCUUCGUUCCUUUCGUACCAAUAUCGGCUCACAAGAGUGGCACAGUUCGUCGAAGUUAAAUGCCAAUUCGCGACGACUGUGUCUCCUCGAUCCUUUCGUCAAUUACUCCCCGCCUUUCUUUCGUCUUUCUCCGCGCUUUCUAUCACCUUUCCGAUUUUCCAUCCUUCCAUUGUUUCCCUGUUACUCGCCGCAUGCGACAUACAAAGACCUCGAACCUCUUACUCCCAGCUCUGUGGUGAUUUCAUAGUGUAACGAGAGCCAAAAGAAGAAGAAAACGUUGUGCGCGAGACGACACAAAUGCGUGCGAACAUCAUGCGUGCUUUCCUUACGUGUGUAUGUGUUACAUCGGUACGAGGUACGAUAGUGUCUCGUCGUAGGUCUCUUUCGAUCCUACCAGUGACUAAUUGAGCGUGCACCAUUCAGCGAUUUUAUGGCUGGACAAUGCGUCGACCAGGAUAAAGACGAAGAACGGUGGCAUCGUGAAGUCCUCUAAGCUCUUUUAAACUACAACGCAUGAAGAGCCGCUUACAAAGAAUUGACGACAAAAAGACAGAAAGAAACGCUAACAUAAAACGGAACAAACUCCGGCGAAUAAACGAUGCGAUGACUGCGGUGGGAAAAGUUGCAAGUAAAUCAGAUGAAUCGAACCGCAGAUGAUACGAAUGUACACGAAAUAAUGUGUAACUUGUUAUGGCCAUUUCUACAUGCGAAAUUUAAAUGAUCGUUCACGCUCUAUAAGAAACUACUCAAUAGCCUGUAAACCUUGCACAGAAAUAUCCAGUAACGAAGGGGUACCCGCGAUGUCUAGAGACAGACGACAGAACAGUAUCGAUUCGUAAAAGAACAGACAUUUCCUGAUCGUUCGGCCAAUAUUAGGGAUUGAUCACGAGAAUAAUUAUGGACGAAAUAAAGGUGGCGAACUUGAGCCAAGCGGCAUCAGCCGCGUGCUCGAUGGCGACGAAUUUCUUGGCGCCGGUGAAAACCGAACGGCAGAUCUACGAGAAUUCGAUGCUAGAGGACGAUCCCAAUGCCAACUCGGUGGUGCCUACUUCGCAAGAAGACAGAACCGUGCCGAGAUGGGGCCCUAAUCACAAGGGUGCCCAAGAGCUCGCGAAUCUUUACAGCACUGGGAAAAGGACACAGGAGUGCGUUUGCGUCGGUAUCUGCAUUACACUGAUGGUGGUUAAUUCAAUAUUUAUCCUCGUUAGGUUACGAUUAGAAAAUGUAAGUUCAAUUGCGAUGGCAGCGUUUUGCGGCAUCGUUACGGCAGAUUUCGCGUCAGGAUUAGUUCAUUGGGCCGCUGAUACAUGGGGCUCCGUGGAACUUCCAAUUCUUGGAAAGAAUUUUUUGAGACCAUUUCGGGAGCAUCAUAUUGACCCAACAAGUAUAACGAGGCAUGAUUUUAUAGAAACUAAUGGUGAUAAUUUCAUGGUCACAAUACCAUUCCUUUGCAAAUUAACAUGGGAGUUUUUAAGUCUCCCAGAGUCGGAGAUCCAGCAGAAAUUUGUUUGGACCUGCUACUGGUUUCAACUUGCAAUUUUUGUAGCGAUGACUAAUCAGAUACAUAAAUGGUCUCACACGUAUUUUGGACUACCUACCUGGGUUGUUUGGUUACAGGAACACAGAAUUAUAUUACCCAGAAAACACCAUCGCGUGCAUCACGUUGCACCACAUGAAACUUAUUUCUGCAUUACUACAGGAUGGUUGAACUGGCCAUUAGAAAAACUUCGCUUCUGGUACAUUCUAGAAGUUUUCAUUGAAAAAGCUACCGGUUGCAAGCCUAGAGCAGACGAUCUGAAAUGGGCACAGAAGCGGUCUUGAGAAUUAAUGUGUUUUAUCAUUUUGUGCAUUUUCAAGGACAUGAAACAAAUUUAGAAAGAAGUGAAAGUUUCCAUGGUAUCGUGAUUUCGUGGAAAGAAGUAUAGAACAAAUUUUCAAAUAGUACAUGUAAGGAGGAAAGUUAAAUCCGUAAAUAUAACUUUCUUUUCUUAUACUUAGCACUACGAGGCCUUUCCUACAAAACAGAUAGCGUAAUUAAAGACAUUUAGUAUUACUUGAACAUGCUUUUGAAGUUUACACAUUUAUAAUAGUUAUGCAAUAACAUAGAUAUAUGUAUGUACAUGCACACAUACACACCUAUUUGUAAGAAAAAUUUGAAUAUGAAAUCAAGUUUGUGUAACUGUGAAUUAACAAUUUGCCUCACAGAUUAAGCGAUUAUACGUUUAUGCAUUGCACAAUCAUUACGUAAGUAGCACAAAAAUUGAGCAAAAAGUCUUAAUUGAUCAUUUCAUACAAUGAUUUACAAAAGUAUUAUAAAGCUGAAAUCAAAGUACUACAACACAUUGUGGAAAAUAGUCUCGUAUAGAUUAUAUGAUUUAUAAACACAAUGUUCAGUGGCUAUAAAAUUAAAUUGAAUGUUAAAUAUAAGAAGCAUGGAUGUAUGUAUACAUACAAAUUAGUAUAUAUGUAUGCGUAUAUGCAUAUGUAUUUGUCAAUUAAUUUCUAUUUAUUGCUUACACUUUGUCGCACAUGAAUUUAAAAAGUGUAAUUUUGAACAAAUUUAUAACUUAAUGCGCUAAUCUACACUAGCCUAGUCUGCUGUAACUGCUUCAGCACAGUCACCGAUUUCCCUGAACCUCAGAAAAUUGUUAAACCACUGAAAUUGAAUAAAAGAUAUUCAAUUCACAGUGACAAUAUCCUGUUAGAAGCAAAUAUCUAUUUAUAUACACACAUUUUAAAGUGAAAUAGUUUCUUCUUUUUCUAAAUCGAAAGGAACUCAAUCAAUGUUUGUUAACAAAUUUAUAGAUACAUUAUUUUAUAUUUUUUUACGUGAUUGAUUGUUUAUAUUGAAUUUAUAGUCUAUAAAAUUGAUGAUUCGACAAUUCUAAUUUCAUUUAUAAAAUUGGAUUAUGUUAUAAUUUGAGCUGAGAUUAAAAGAGAUGAUAAAAAGUUAGUAUUAUAUGUACUAAAAGUAAUGUAAAAAAAAUGUCACGUCAUUUAUUAAUUGGAUUACAUCUUUAGUACAAAAAAAUACUUAUAAUAUUCUUUUUUAUUAAUUUCUUAGCUCACGACAAAUGAUCUAACAAAACAUAAACAUUGUAAGGUGCUAAAUGUAAGUACAAGUUUUAGGUUCAGGGACCAAAACAGGGCCUAUUGCUCUAUGCAGCAGUCAUCGAAAUAAUUGGUUUGAUUUGGGUAAAGUAUACUGAUGUAAAAAUGAUAAAAACAAAUUUUAUGCUGGUGACAUUGAUUUUUAUAUCUGUUAUACUUUUUUUUAGGUAGCUACCGUUUUGCCUUGUAACUUUCAGUAUACUUUAUGCAAAGCUUUACCAGAUAUAUGUUCCUCGCAAGCAAAUCAUUUGUAAUGUCUUUUAAAAGAAAUGAUAAUUAUAAGACAUUGCAAUUAUUAUAAGUACCAUAAUUGUUAUUGUUGUUGUUAUUGUUACAAAAAUGGAGUAUAAACUUUAAACAAAUUUGUCAUGUAUGCAACGCGUGCCAGAAUUGAAGCUUUCUCUUUAUACAAAAUCUAUUUAAUAGUUGACUAACAAUUACACAAAGCAAAAUGAAACACAGAACUAUAUUUUUUGCUAAUUCAAUUUUGUAUGGGAUAUAUUAACGUCAUUACCGUUAUUGUAAACUCUAAUUCCUUUUUGCAGUAUAGUUCUUUAAAAAACAAAUUUUAAAAGAGGGUAUAAUAAUAGAACUGUAAAUUGUGUCGUCCUAAUAUGAACUGAAAGAAAGUAAAACAAAAAUCUAAAAACUUACUAUGUACAAAAUGCUUUGAUAUGUUUAAUCAUACAUUUCACUGAUUGUUGACUUGAAAUGGAAGCUUUCAGUAUGGGUCACACAAAAAAAAGAUAAAAAACAAAAAAUUACAUAUAAAGCCAACAUAGAUGUAUAAUAAUUACAUAAUUACUUUUUGAAUUGAAUUAAUAUUUGCAACAUAAAAUAUCUUGAUUCAAAUAAAGCGCCUUGUUCACAUUCCAUAAGCCUAAUUAUGUGAAAAUAUUUAUUGCACUAAUGUUUUAUAAAUUAAAUAUCUAGACACAUAUUUACACAUAAUAUCUAAAAAAAAAAAGAAACAUUGCAAGAUUGAUGUUAAGUUAUAAAUUAUAUUGUGUGAAUAAUUUCUGUACAUAUUUAUAUAAACCUAAUAGCAGUCAAUAUUAACAUCAGCCUUAUAAAAUGAAAACGAAGAAAAUUUUAUUAAAAGAUAAGCUUUAAUCCCUUGAGGCUAUAUUUACUUAAAAAAAGUUAGUUUCCAUUUUAGAAAAUAUAUAUAGUGAUAAAGAAUGAUGCAAAAUGAACUAAAUUUAAUGAUAUAAUUUCGAAUACAAUAUUGAGGAGCAGUAUUAAUUAUUUUGAUUUUUUAGCGACACAUUUAGAUGUAAAUAUAUGGUUUUGAGCUUAAAUUUAUAAAAGAAAUAUAUAAAUUGCGUAGUUCAAAAGAAAAAUAAUGGCUGUAAAUGCAUUGA